CUUUCAAGAAGAUUCUUUUCAGUUUUGUCCCUUCUUGUUGAAGAACCAGUCAGUACAAAUAAAAGGGACGGACGGCGAAGCGCAUUAUCGUUUCGUUGAUUGGAGCAUUGCGACCCACGACCUAGUUUCUCCUGCGUCUUCCUUUUUUGAAUGAACGAUAUUUCAAAUUCAAGUCGGUGUAGAAAUUCAUUGGAGUGAUUUCAUUUCCUCAAUCAUUGUUUGAAGAUUAUUCUUAUCUAAAAUGGAUACUGAAGGUGAUCAUGAUGAAGGGGCUGCUGGAAAUGGCAACGGUCGUCAAACGCUUUCGGAGUAUGUCAGUGAGCGGCGACUGGAAGCAGGUAUAUUCGUGCUGCGCAUGUCAACAAUUUUGCAUGGCUUGCUAGCCCUGGUCCCGUUUUUUCUGCGGCCAGCAGACGCAUACCAACGCUGUCUGGUUAGCUACAUUGCAGUGUCGGCGUUUCGUUUGAGCCAGCGUGUUACGGGUCUGGGUUUAAAUGCCGAAUGUAUUCAGCGGAUCCUGUCAGAGGACAGUGGCCACUACCUCUUCUUCUGCUUUCUCUUUGCAACUCAGAACUUUGCCGGUAUAGUUGUGCUUAUUCCAAUUUGUCUUUUCAGUGUACUGCAUAGUUUAACGUUUGUCAGAAAGCUACAUGAGGCAACUGGCUCCGUACCCAGCGUAGUCAUGAACUCCAUUACUACUCUGUUUAACUACCAGCAGCAUCUGUUGAUGGUUUCUGCUAACACAGAGAUAAUGCUCAUGCUAUUGACCAUCAUGGGUGUAUUCGGUGGCACAUUCAGUAUUUUCGUGCCGUUCAUGUACUACCGGUUCCUGUGCAUGCGAUACACGUCACAGCGCAACCCGUACAGCCAGUACGCGUUUCAAAGCCUUCGCUUGGUAGUGGACCACACGUGCACGCAUCCCCGGUGUCCGAACGUCGUGCGCCGCCUGCUGCAGGCUGGCGUGCGGAUGGCUGCACGCCUGGCACCGCAGAGAAUGGCCGGCUGAGCGCGGCGCGCGGGACCUGCUCUCCACCGUAGCAUUGCAGCCGAGAUGCAUCCCUUCUAUAUCAGAUCUACCCUAUGGGAUCUGUCUCAUUCGCUGCUCCCAAUCAAACAGAUGAUGAUGAUGAUCUAUAUUUUCCAAUUGAAGAACAAACAACAGGCUGACAUCCUCUACUCUUCUAGUGUGUUCUACUUGGAGGGUGUUCUCUGACAGCUGAUAUGGAGGUCGGCUAUCUAGUAGCUGAUAUGGAGAUGUGCUAUCUAGCAGUUGAUGGCGGUGUUGCACCACCGUGCGGGUCGCCGUUGUCAAUGUUGUCCACAGUGUCUGUAGUGUGUACUUGAAGCACCCAGCAAGUGCAUCAUCGCGUUGGCGUGUCCCUGCACCCGGUUGUACCAUGGUGGUGUAUCACCACCACUGCAGCAGCAGCAGGCGUGCGUGGAAGCUACGCGGUGUUGGCGGGUGGUCAGUUGCAUCUGCUGACUGUUUUCAUCUCAUCUUGCCAGCCAGCCAGGUUUGCGCCGCCCAUGUACAUGUGUGUGCGUGUGCAUGCUACUUUCUCCGGCUGCUCUGAAGUGCGCUGCUCACUCUAGUCCUAUCCACUGAUUUCAUACAUAGUUCUCCUCUGGUCAACUGGCUGACAUGGGUGAUGACUGUGGAUUGUUUUCACUCUGCUGCUGCUACUGCUACUGCUGCUGCUGCUGCUGCUGCUGCUGCUGUUCAUGGGACAGUUUAUAAGUUUUGAAUAAUAUUGAGUUGUACUGUAUGCGAGCUAGUGUAUUUGGUUUCCUCUCGCCUAGCAUUUCUCUCGCCUAGCCUUGCUAGUUGCCUGGUUGGUUAUGUGCUACGGUCUGCGGUCUGCAGUCUGUAUUCUGGCUUAGCAUUUUGCUGGAGUCAGUCGCAUGCAAUACCCACCCACUCUGGCUAGGUGCUAUACUAUACUCGUAUCUCUAUAGUUGUUUUCACCUGUGU